CCGCUCACGCAUUCGCCACAGCACUCCUCUCUCUCUCUCUCUCUCUCCGCCCUCGUCGUCCACUCCUCUCCCCGCAGCCGUGCCGUCCGCCCCGACAGGACAGGAGAGCAGCAGGAUGCCGGCGACGCCGACGAUCAUCGGCGCCCUCCUGGGGCUGGGCACCCAGAUGUACUCCAACGCCCUCCGCAAGCUCCCCUACAUGCGCCAUCCCUGGGAGCAUGUGUUGGGGAUGGGUAUUGGUGUGGUGUUCGUGAACCAGCUGGUAAAGUUUGAUGAGAAGCUCAAGGAGGACCUUGACAAGAUGCUUGAGCGCGCCAGGGAAGCCAAUGAGCGGCGCUACAUUGAUGACGAUGAAUAGGUGUUCAAAUUUGUUUGCCAGCUACCUGUAUUUUUGCAACUUUGUUGUCAGUACACAUGGUCAGGACUGCAGACCCCCCAUCGUCUUAGUUGUUGUCUCAGCUUCCACAGCUUCCACAUUCCAGCUGUGGCCUUGUAAUAAGCGUUGUUUCACAAUGGAUUCGAUGGUUUGCUUCUAUAAGACAUGUCAAUCAUGGCUUCAGAAUC